AUGGUUCGUACACGAGCUACUAAAGGGCGUCCUCGACUUCCAUCUCGCAAAAUCAUUGAUAGGGUGGCUACGAAACGCGGAUCUACGGUUGAAUCACUCCGUGCAUCGAUAACAUCCAUAAAGUUAGGCGAAAACGAGGUAGAGAAGACAUCUACUCCUCAAACCAACCAACAAGCGCCUGAUGCUAAAGUCUGCCUGCGCGACAUGGGCGAUGAAGAAGAGAACAUAGUAAACAUCAAGCAAGACGAAGAUGGCAUGGCAGAGGUAACGAAAAUCGCAGCGCAGCCAAAGAGACGCACUCAAGGAUCAACAACAAAGGCUUCAGUAACGAAGAAACAUAAAUCGUCUCCACCUAGUUCCACUAUUCGUACUACACGUUCCAAGACGUUGAAUUCCAGAAUCAAGCCGUAUAGUAUCCAUCCUAGUACCGGCAUAGACAUUGACAGCGAGUCAGAACAUGAGUUCAUUCCACGCCACACCACAACCAAAAACGCCGGUACCCAUCCAAAGUCUACAGGUCAGGAUGUAAACGUAAAGACGGCUUCCGCUAGCUCCUCCCUUGACCUUUUACGCCCAUAUCUGGCCUUUCAACUCUCUGUCUCUUGUCUACAAGGCAAAGCCUACAAGGCCGCACAAGCCUCUAUGGCAUCUGUUCUCGACGUGGUAGAGCGCCUAGAACAAGAGGGUGGCGGAACUCUCACGAGGGCAUAUAAUAGCCUUAGCAGUAGCAGUGAGGAGCGGGAGAUGGAGAUGGAACGAGGGAAAGGACGAGCUAGAAGAGAGAAGAAAGUGAAGAAUUUUGAAAGGACAACGGAAGAGGAUGUGCUGCCGAGAAAACAACGAGAGUUGAACGAGCAGACGAGGAAGAGACUUGAGCAGGAGAGACAGGGAAGAAGAAAGCAAGAUCAUGGUAGGGCUACAUGA